AUGAGGAUUAUAGGAAGAGAUGAAGAUGAUGUUGAUUAUGAAGAUUAUCCAUUUGAAGUAAAAGGCAGAGAUAAUGGAAUUGCUUAUAUUGAAUGUUAUAAUCCAUUAACUCAAGAAAGUGAAGGAUUUGAACCAGAAGAGAUUAGUGGAAUGAUAUUAAAAUAUUUAUAUGAAAUUGCACAAGAAAAACUUGGUAAUCAUCCAAUAUCAAAUGUUGUUGUUACUGUUCCAGUUGAUUUUAAUGAUAAACAAAGAGAUGCAACAUUAUUAGCGUGUAAAUUAGCAGGAAUUAAGAAUGUUUCAAUUGAAGAUGAACCAAUAGCGGCUAUUAUUGAAUACAAAAGAGAAUAUCCAAAUUUAUUAAAAAAAGGAGAUAAAAUUGUAGUAAUUGAUUUUGGAGGAACACUAGAUGUAACAUGUUGUAAAUAG